AUGAACUCGACCACAGCCCAGCAGGCUUUCUACAGUUCACAGACCUCAGGACAAUGGGCCGAUGUGCCUCCGGUGGGAGUCCGUGGAGGUUACACUGGCUUCGGAAAUAGUGGCGGAGGCGCGACCGCUACGAAUGGAUACGAGUACGGUAGUCAGGCCGUUAACGGUUACACGAUCCCACCACCAGGAUAUGGUCAAACAAUGACUUUCACCUCGAACAGUGGUCCACCUCCUAGCUACCAGAAUGGCUAUCAGCCGCAACAACAGAAUAUGUAUUCUCAAAAUGGCUACACGCAUCCACCAUGUGGAUUGAAUGGCAUGACUUCGGAUUAUAGCAACGGUGUCACGGCAGGCUAUGUGACGAAGGGUUUCGGUGGCACGUUCGAUCCAAAGGACAAGAACUGCGGUGAUUUCGUGGGAAACUGGAAUAGUCAGACGGCCGGCACUGAUUCUGUUGAAAAGCAACUUUUCAAUAAUAUGAAUAGUGGCAUCAAUUUUGACAAUUACGAAAGCAUUCCUGUUGAAGUGAGCGGCGAAAACCCUCCGGAGGCGAUUACUGCUUUCACCGACGCUAACAUGCAUGAGUGGAUUCAACAAAAUGUCGACAAAAGUGGCUACAGGAAGCCUACACCAGUUCAGAAAUAUUCACUUCCCACACUAUUGGGCAAUCGUGACCUCAUGUCUUGUGCUCAGACUGGAUCAGGAAAGACGGCUGCAUUUCUAUUGCCGAUCAUUCACCAUAUUCUGGUUAACGGCCCCGAAGCAAUCCGUCCGUCCAUGAUGUCAAGCUCAGGUCGCCGCACAUUCUAUCCUGCGGCUCUUGUUCUCGCACCAACAAGAGAAUUGGCUAUCCAGAUACACAAGGAAGCGGCGAAGUUCAGCUAUCGCACCAAUAUCAUCACCGCUAUAUUAUAUGGUGGUCGUGAGAAUUACCGUGAGCAGAUUAAUCGCUUACGUGGAGGUUGCCAUAUCUUGAUUGCCACGCCUGGACGACUUAUUGAUAUCCUAGACCAGGGUUACAUUGGUCUGGCAGGUUGUCGAUACUUAGUACUGGAUGAGGCUGAUCGCAUGCUGGAUAUGGGUUUUGAACCACAAAUUCGAAAAAUUGUUGGUCAAGGCAUGCCCCCAAAAUCAGAGCGAAUUACAGCAAUGUUCAGCGCGACAUUCCCGAAACAAAUUCAGACACUAGCGCAAGAUUUCCUCAAGCCGAAUUAUGUGUUUUUGGCUGUUGGACGAGUUGGAUCAACGUCUGAGAAUAUCGAUCAACAGAUAUUGUUGGUAGAGGAGUUUGAUAAACGGAAGAUGCUCAUGAACAUUUUAGCGAGAGAAGAGAAUGCUUCACUUGUUUUGGUGUUUGUUGAAACAAAGCGAGGAGCGAAUGAUCUGGCCAAUAUACUGCAGCGGCAGCAAAUAAAUGCUGUGGCCAUUCAUGGAGACUUGAAGCAGUUUGAACGGGAACGCAAUCUGGAGCUAUUCAGGAACGGUUCUAAUCCAGUUCUCGUAGCAACAGCUGUACGUGUAAAAAAUCGUGCGCUGGCGCGUGAUUUGUCCCAGCUUCUUAGCGAAUCCAAUCAGGAAGUACCAGAUUUCCUUCUCCGGAUGGCUGCCGAGGGAAGAACACCUGGAAAUAAUCGUCAAGCCAAUAGGCGGUUUGGUGGAACAGAUCAGCGUCGCGGCGGUGCCGGCACCAAUGGGAAACCUGGUCCCCAAGGAGUUCCGCCAGCAAUCCAGAAUGGUUUUGGCCCUCCAUUUGCAAUGGGUGCGAUGAACGGUUUUGGCCAGCCACCUCGUGGUUUCACACAGCAACAAAAUGGUUACGGUCCACCACAAAAUCGCUUCACUCCAUCUUUCCCACGGGGAGGAGUGGCCCCAUUCAAUGGAGUUCCACCAGUUGGAUACGGUCAACCUAAUUUUGGUGCUCCAAUGAUGACGCGAGGUGGAUUCCAGCCAUCGAACGGAUUUGCUCCUCCAGGAGCUCCUUCAUUCCAGCAGCAAGCUGCUUAUCAGAAUGGUCGUGGGUUCGGUAACUGGCAGAACUGA